AUGACUUUGGCAGCACCUGAAACCACCAAGGGACAAGUUCUCAGGUCUCUGCGUGAUGCCAUCUCAAGUCUCAAAGAAACAACGGCAACAUGCUGCAACGCGAUCCAAGAAAACUCUGACCUCCACGAGGCCUUUUUGGUCGUGUCAAGACACUUACCAUGUCUUCUCAACACAUUCACCACGAUUGAAACCCACCUGAAGUCACAAACUGAAGAAAUCCCAGAAAUUAAAGAAAUGUACCCCGAUAUCAGGCUAGUGGCUGACGAGUAUCGCAACCCUGUCAGGUCCAUAGAGGACCUUUUCGAAUCCGUCAAGGGCGUCAAGGGCGAGGAGAGAACAAAGAGGUACCGCGCUGCUGUCCAAGAAUGCAAUGAUAGGAAGGUGGAAGGCGUCAUGCUUGACCUGCUCGAACGCGCCAUCGACAUCGCUCAGGCACCGCUUGUCAGCGACGAGCAGAUUGAGCAAUUGCGAAAUGCUCUCGCCGAGAUCAGAAAGCUGCCACCUUCUCUGGAAGACGUCACUACCGGGGGUUUCACAAUGAUCAAUCACGGGUCGGGAAAUCAGUUCUACCACGGCGGUAAAGGAAGCAUGAAUUACUCAUCAGGAGGUCUCAUGGUCACUGGAGAUAAUCAUAAUGCGCAUUACUCCUACUCAGCGGGCCCGAAUUCUACUACACAGUCAUAG